AUGUUUUCUGUCAAACCCACGAAACCAACGUUCCGGAGUUAUCUUCCUCCGGUGCAGACCGAUGUGAAAAAAACUAUUGAAUCACCUCCUAAAAAGGUGGAACCCAAGUUACUUCAAGGGGAGAUCGUAGUUAACGAGGUGAACUUUGUGAGAAAAUGCCUCAGUGCGGACAGCAGCCAGGAGGGCCUUUGGGGGAAGUUGAUCUGCACCAACUUUAAGGUCUCCUUCAUCCCUACAGAUCCACCCUCUGAACAGAAGUCCCAUUUGUCGCACCUCUUGCUUGGACUACACGACAUCCCCCUCACCUGUCUGGAGCAAGUAGUAACAGUAAAUGAUACAAAGGGGAAGAAGAAAGUUUUGGGGUCAAACCAGAAGCUGAAGUUUAACCCGACCGAGCUCAUCCUCUAUUGCAAAGACCUGCGCAUCAUACGCUUCUGCUUUGUUGAAGCUGGUCCUGAGAGCGCCAAAAAGGUAUGCCUUGCUAUUGCUCACUAUUCCCAUCCAGCUGAUCUCCCUCUUCUGUUUGGCUUUGAGUAUCAAGGGCGGCGAUACCAUGACUCUAAAGGGCAACGAGUCAAUGAUCGGGGCGGGUUACGAACCCCCAUAUUUGAUCGUCCAUCUGACUGGGAUCGGGAGAUCAAGAGAACAGGGGCAUCUGAGUGGAGAGUGUGCUCCAUCAACGAGAAUUAUGCCAUCUCACCGAGUCUUCCAGAGCACAUCGUGGUCCCAGUUUCUCUGGCUGAUCAGGAUCUGAAGCAGAACUCCAUAUACUUCAUGAAUCAGCGCAUCCCUGUCUGGUGCUGGAAUCACCCAAAUGGAAGUGCUCUUGUGCGGAUGGCCAGCAUCGCUGAUCCGUUGCAGCAGAGGAGGAUUGAUCAGAGGUUCAUCCCAGCUAUCACAAAAAGCCACCCACAGCGCAGUGAAGUCAUCAGGUCAGAUCUAGACAAGUGUCUGCCUAACAUCCAGGACCUCCAGAGUGCCUUUAUUAAAAUACGGCACAUUUGUGUCAUAGAUUCCUUCGAGGAGUCAGAGGAGAGAUGGCUCUCAUCUAUUGAAAACACACGAUGGCUGGAGUACGUCAGGGCUUUCCUGAAACACUCGGCUGAGAUGGUGUACCUCCUGGAUGGAAAGAACACUUCAGUCAUUCUUCAAGAAGAGGAAGACCGAGACUUGAACUGCGUGGUGUCCUCCUUGGUUCAGCUCAUGUUGGACCCUCAUUAUCGCAGCCUCGUUGGCUUUCAGAGUUUAGUACAGAAGGAGUGGGUGAUGGCUGGCCAUCGCUUCCUGGACAGAUGCAACCACUUAAAGAAGAACGACAAAGACGAGUCCCCGCUGUUCAUGCUGUUCCUGGACUGCGUGUGGCAGGUGAUGAACCAGUACCCAGCAGCCUUUGAGUUCACAGAGACCUAUCUGACCGUACUGAGUGAUAGCAUGUGGAUCCCCCUCUUCAGUACUUUCCUCUUCAAUUCUCCCAAACAGCGUGCUCAGUACUUGAUGGACUUUGCCAAGAAUAAAGCAAUCCCUCAAGGAGAAGACCAGCUGGUGUACUUCCCCCCUGUUUGGGACUGGUCUCAGCAGUACUCCACCGCAGACCAAACCCUUUUUAACAACCCCAUGUUCGUCGGCAAAGGAGCCGCCUGCGUUCAGAAUGGAGAAGUGAAAACGUUCAGACGCACAAAGAAAACCUACAGUGCCACAGUGCGCGGAACGCAUGCGUCUCUGCGCAAUGGUCAGAAGGGUGGCGAGGAUUCAUUGGCCCGACGGGGCUCUUUGUUGUCGGAGCUGAAGCCCGAUUUCUCACUGGUUAAAGACGAAAGCCCGUCGGAGCGCUUCUUCAGAGACUGGUUCUCUCGACCCGCUGACCAGCAGAGCCUCCUGAUUCCCCUGCUCAUACCCUCACACCUGGCUCUCUGGAAGCUCUACUUUCUACGCUGGGUUCCCGAAGCCUGCAUUUUCAAAGGAGGCCCCAUCACAGCCUACCACAAGCUCUCCCAACUGGUGGAUGAAAUUGAGAUUCUACAGAGCCACUUGAGGCAGUACAAGGGUACAAGGGAGAGUGGCAGCACGCAACUCCCCGGCUUAAGUGGGCCCUUCUCCAGCCAAAGGAGGAUGUAUUUUAAGGCCAGCUCUCUACAAGACCCCCCUUCACCUCCAGACUUCCUUACUUCCUCCUUUCCUUUCACCCCAAGCGGAAACCUGUGUCGCCGCAGUACCUACGGGACCCCUAUUAGCAAAUUUCUGAACGGGGCAAGGAUCUGGCUCUCUACGGAGACUCUUGAUAACGACCCUCUCUGAAGACGUAGGGCGUUAAGGCUCUUUUCUCUGAGCUCAGUACAGGUCUGUCCAUUAACAGUCUUACUUUCUAAUGUCCUCUUUCUUAGAUGAAAAUAAUUAUAAUGAGAAAUAGAAAAACAACUUUGGACGUUGUAAUUAUUUAUAAGCUACAAUUUGCACCAUUGAUGAUGCAUUGAAAUCUGAGGGAAUUUCUAAACCGAAGUGUCUUUAGGAUUGGAUUAUCGUUGUCUUAUUACAGUUUAGGAAUUCAGAUGAAUGAAAGAAAAUCCUUCUAUUUGUCAGUGAGUUGUUACUGUGAGGUCUCAUCUGACUAUUGGAGACCAUCUUAACUGUUGCAUUUUUUAUAAUGGAUCUAUUUUCUUGUCUUCUGUAGAUUUGGUCCAUCAAAACAUUUAGCAAAGAAACUGCUGUUUUUUAAGGGCUUAUGGAGACUUUAACAUUGAGUUGAGACGUUUCUCUCUUUGGUAUUCAAUAAACAUUUUAAAGCAAUAAUCAAAAUGUAACUAUGUAAUGUGUGUAGCACUGCCAUCAGUUUAGUUGAAUCUCCAUUGGUCAGUAAAACUUUCCCACUGUAAUAAAGUAGAAAAGUGGAAUCCAAAUAAUUAUGGUGGGAAUUAGAAAAUGCUCGUUCGACUGCAGCAACAAUGAUUGAUUUCGAUGAACGAUUUCAAAGUAUUCAAAUUAUGUUCUAGCUUCCAGAAAAAGUAAUUGACAAUAUUGUAUUGAAGAAAAAAAAUAUAUUUUCGAAAAAGGAACCGAAAAUAGUGUUUUAAUGUGGUGUGGCCCCCGCGAUCUCCUCCCCCAACAGCUCAGCUGUUCCCCUGCUUUGCCACAGUGGUGAAUGUAAUUGGGCGUCGUUUUUUUCUGUUUUUGCACAAACUCAAUGCUAUUUUCUUUUUUCAAGUACCCAUAUUUUAAUGGCUGUUGAGGUUUCACUGUAAGCAGCAAAUGGUGUAAUUUCAGGGUCAGUUUUGUAGAUUUACCCUGUUUUUGAAGCAGAGAAAGGGGACUUUAUUUUUCGUAUCAUGUAGCAGAUGAUACUUAAAGUGGAGCUGUGAUGACUUCAAUCUGUGGUAGAUAAUUCCUCUUCUCUUUUUGAUGAGGUUUUAUUCAACUUUUAUUAGGCCUUCUGGUAAGGCACGAAGGAGAAACUGUUUAAAGUACCUGAAUGGGUUAAACUUUAAAAGCAAAGGGACAGAAGAGAGCUGUAACUCAAACCUGUUUGUAGUGUUGAAUUUCAGAAACCAAAGUUACGUCUCCAGCGAACCAAAUGUUGAUGGUCAAUGACGAUUGACAAUUUCAAUGCAGCACACGAGAAAAUAUGAGCAAUAAAUCUUCUGGGCAGCAAGUGUCCCAAAUACAAUAAUAACUACGUUUGUCAAAUUCUCUUGUUUGAUCCAUAGAUAUAAAACGUAAAGGAACAAUGUAGAAGAAAACAAGCCGCAGAGUUACUGGACUUUCAGUAACGGUGAUGGUUCGGCUUUAUUUCAACAGGUUUUCACUGUUAAAUCUAAGCCGAACUUCUAGUGUGCUGCAAAGACGUUGUCAUUUGGAGACCUUUUAAUUUAUGUAACUACUUCUGUAACUUUUUUACUUUUUACAAUAACAUCUAGCACUGUAAUAUUCUCAUGUCAACUAGCACAUCCUCAUAUCAAAGCCCUUUCUUAUUUACAAUACCGUAUGACGGACUCAACAUCCGAUUGACCAUUUUCCAUCUAAUGAUAUUCAGAUAAACUCUGGCAAUAACUAGUUUUUUUUUAUAAAGAUGUGUGCGAGUGUAGAACCUCCCCUCCCAAAUGCUUUUAAUUGCACAUUUUACUCAUUAUGUAGGAUAGUUUGUUUUAUGGUGGUUGUUAAAUAUAAUCUAGGCAAAUAUUAUGAAUACUGUAUAUGCUUGAAGAUGUCCAAUUCAUAUUUUGAUUAAUGGUACUAAAUAACCAUAAUCCUUUAGUCUUUAUAUUUUCUGGAGAUAUAUUUAUAUGCUGUGUUUUUCCACUAUUUCUAAAUUUUGCACUGUGCUUAAUUGCAUGAUGACCGUGCUUCCACUAUGGCACAGUUUGAUAUUGAUGAGCAGCAGAUGUAUUUAUUCAGUUAUGCAAAUGUUCUCUAAGAGGGAUUAAUGUGCUACUGUAUGUCCCCUGUGCCUUUUCGGGAAAAUUGACCAUUUUUGUAACAAUAUUAUAAAUCUGUUGACUGGUUAGUUUUCUAAAACUAGAUUUAUCUAUUAUCUAAAUGUAGUUCAAUUCAGUGGUACAGCAUUGCAGCUGUUUUUCCUGAUAGAAAGUAAGUCUUAAAAUGUGUACCAGUAACAAAUCAAUACAUUAUUUUUCAAAUUA